UGUCCCUGGACCUCAGAAAUCAUCUGAGAAUGAUGCUCUUAGGGAAACUGUAGUGAUGGGAGAAGCACUGUUUGCCUACGAAGAAUCCAGGAAGGCUCCUGCCAACUUUAGCUAUGAGGUUGAGAAUGUUUUUGCUCAAUCGGAUUCUGAAAACAUUUCUACCAAAGAAGAAGUUACUGACAGUAUUAUAAAAAAAGCUGAUAAUGCACAUCCUAAUAUCAACAGUCAGCACAAGGUCAGGAAAAAAUCCUUAGAUGCUGAAGAUGAAUUCCUUGGGAAGGUUGAGUCUGAAGACAGAGACAAAGACAAACCAAGAAGAGCAAAAGAACCUGAACUCAUUUCAAAAGAAAAUCCUUUGUUUGUCAAAAGUUCUUUCGAGAGUGAAGAGAAAUUAGGGCAAACUUCCUUUAUAAAGUCUGACAUUGAAUGUAGUUCUAAAAAACUUUUCUUGCUAGAUAUUACAGAUAAAUGCCAAGAUAGAAAGGACAUUUCUAAUAACUAUGUAGAGGUACCACCUGUUAAUGACUCUUCUAUUACAAAGCUGGAUAAAGUUUUGGAGAGUCAAUUUUCUAGAGAAAAUGAUGGACUGAGUAAUAAAAAAUGUGAAGAAGAUAAACAUAGGAAAAAAGACAAGAGAAGACUAUACGACUCUAAAAAAACUGACAAAGAGCACUACCGAAGGAAGAGAGAAAGCUCAGACACUGAAGAGAAGGAGAAGCAAACCAGAAGCAAACCAGAUGAACACUCCUACAAGAGGAGGCGCUCUCGAAGCGUGGAAACAAAUAAGCAAAAUCGUCAUAAGCAGGAGUAUUGCAAUGAAAGCAACUACAGAUCUUCCCAUAAUGAAAGAAGGAGUCCAAAUAAUCGGAAAAGCUCAGGAAAAUAUUUUCGUUACAGAUCACGAAGCAGAGAAAGAACAGACCAAGACAGGAAUAGGUAUUAUCAUUCCAAAGGAGAGAGAACUUGGAGCAGAGAAAGAUACUAUCAAGAUGAACCACAGAGAUGGGAUAAAGGCAGAUACUACAAUGAUUAUUAUUUCUCUCAAGGAACAAGAGAUGGUAGAGAGAGAAAGUCCUCUCAUUGUGAUAAAGACUUUGACAAAUCAAGUCAAGCUUACAACAACAGGUCAUAUAAGGAUUAUCACUGCAAAAGCAGAUGGCCUCACAACACACUCACUGAUGUACACCACUUUAGCACCUACAGAGUAAACUUGCAUCAUUGUUCAGUACCUCCGCAGCAGUCUGAAAAGUAUUCUCGUGAAAGGCACAUGCUUCCACCUGUGUCAGCUCAUGCAAAUGUGGAGGACUCUUCCCGGGAAAAUGACAAAGAAAAGCGAAGAAACAGCAAAAGAAAACACACCCACCAAGAAAGCAGUGGAAGCGAAAUGGAAAAGAAAUGCCGAAAGAUAGAUGACCAAAGAACAAAAAAAUAUAAGAAGGUCAAGAAGAAAAAGAAGUCCAAGGACAAGCAUCGAGAGAAAGAGUACAAACAUUAUGAUUUGGAUGUCUCUGUGCUCCACUUCGACAAUGACAAUCGCAAACAUAAGAAAAAGAAGAAAAAGAAGAAAGACAUCAGGAAACUGAAGGGCUUCUUGGAACAUCUAGAUCCUCAUUUCCAGAAGAAAACACAGGAGGAGAAGGAAGAAUCCUGUCCUCCAGCUGGCUAUUUAUGUGAGCAAUACAGAAGCCAGGGCAGUAAACAACCCUCCAAGGAAGAGAAGCCCUGUGGUGCAGGUGAAAGCAAGAACUACAGCUCCAUCACAUCUAAUGAGUAUGUUAGAG